AUGGCUAAGACGCUAAACCCGAUGGAGGCGUACCGCCGCGAGCAGAAAAAAAGAGAACUGAAAAAGCACCGAAUGGAGCGACAAAAGCAUAAGCAGGUCAAGCUUAUCAGCAUGGAUACAGUCGCGAUUCGGGAGCAACUGAGGAACUUCGAACGACAGGUGAAAGCAAACCCGACAGACGGUUUUGCGCGCAAACGUAAGCAAGAGCUCGAGGACACGCUCCAGGCAGUCGUCAAGAAACAAAAGGAAGUAGCAGACGAGGAAUGCAGGAAACAAAUGGGUGCACCUUUUCGGCCACAGAGUAUGGCACAGCUGACACAGACCAACAAGCAGAAAUAUCAGAACCCGGAACGCUCUAUUUAUUAUGAUCCUAUAAUGAAUCCUUUCGGAGCACCACCUCCCGGCAAGCCGCAAAUUUACCGCGACAUGCCGUCAAAUCCAGUCAUUAAAGCCGCACAAAGGAGCCCACUAAAACAGAGAUGGUGUCAUGAACCUAAUGAGCAGCGAGAGCGUAAUUGUGAAGAAGGAGCUGGAGUUGAUGAAUUAUCACUGUCGGUAAGUCAGCAGCCCCGGCAACGGCCUGGAUUGCGACCGCCUCUUCCACCCGGACCUCCUCCACCAGAAACGAUUCAGGUGCCUUCGAGACCGCCAUUUCCGAGUGGAGUAUAUCUCGCUCGACCACCUCCGCCUCCUCCAGCAUACUCCAAAACUGAUGAUAGAAUGGAAGGACUACCUAAACCUUCACAGCAACCGCAAUCUUCGGGCUAUCAGAUAAAUGAACCUGACGUUGCUUCAUAUAACGCGGGAAAUCUGAGCAUUGCACCCGCGCAAUCCACGAUGGAGGAGAAUGCACAAGACAGCAUUGAAGCUCCUAAUCCAUCAUUCUUUAAAUCUCGAGAAGAUGAAGACGUGAAGGAUUUGGCUGCUGAACGCGCGAAUGAGAAGCGUACACAGCUUCGUUCGCUAGUACCCGUAGCUCUUCGUGUACAACGUCACGCGCAUGCACCAUCGAACUACAGAAUUCCCAAAGUUGGCAAUGCACAUCCAUUCGCAAAUCCCCAUCCUCCAGCCCGGUCCCCAUCUGCAUCGCCGCCUCAACCUGCAGAUAGUGUUGCACCUGCAUCUUCCGAACUAUUGUACAGCGACUCCGUAUCGAAAAACUUUGACGCCUUCAUGGACGAAAUCAAAGAAUUGAUUUAA